AUGCAGAAUUGGAGUACGUCCGGAACGGCGCUCGCCAGCAGUCCAGAUGGCGAGAGCAGAUAUCAUUUCAGAUCCUUUCAUUCCGGCCACCGUGCACAUUCAAGCCACUUUCAGCUGCGAAACCUUUUGGCCGCUUCCAACCGAAGUCAAGUCUUCUACGCAGCGGGAAGCAAAGUCAUGGCCACGUCCCUCGCAUGUCCGGACGUCCGCACCAUCGCAAUGGAUUUGUCCAGCACUACGUUAGCCAGUGCUGCCUCCAUGCGAGUGAUGUGUCUCUCCACACCAUCAGAGACCUCCUCGCAAAGCGCAUAUCGCAGUGACAAGGUCCUGCUUGCGGGCGGCUUCUCAGGCGAAUUCGCCUUGCUGGACCUUACCUCGCAACCUCAUUCCCUUUCAUCGCCAACCACAGGCUUCGUAAGCCACCACCCCAACGGCAUCGUCACCCACAUCGACACCUACCCGGAGCGCCGCUCCGGCCUCCUACGCGCCGCCUUCUCCUCCAACGACCACAAACUCCGCCUCAUGGACGUCAAAACCACUACCUUCACCCACACCUUCAGCUACGCCCACGCCGUCAACUGCUCGGCCAUAUCACCCGACGGCCGCCUGAGACUCCUCGUAGGCGACUCGAACAACGCCUACAUCACCAACGCCGAAACGGGCGAAAUCACAACGCAGCUCGAAGGACACAGCGGCCACGGGUUCGCAGCCGCGUGGUCGUCUUCCGGCACGCUCGUCGCGACAGGAGCGCAGGACGAGAAAGUCAUCUUGUGGGAUGCACGGAAUUGGAGUCGACCUUUGCGCACUCUCGACACACUCAUGUCUUGUGCGCGGUCCUUGCAUUUCACGGACGAUGAUGCGCUCGUUAUCGCAGAGAGCGAGGAUGUGGUCAGUAUCUACGAUGCGAGGGGGAGCGAUGACGAUGCACGACGGCAGCACCUUCGAUUCUUCGGCUCGAUUGCGGGAGUUUGUGUUCUUGAUGGUGGGAGGGAGAUUGCUGUUGCCAAUGCUGAUAGAACCGUGGGCGGCUUGCUUACAUUCGAGCGGCGGUGGGAGUCUUUGCGAGGGGAAAAUAACCAUGUGCGAGGGUGGAGCAGGGCUUCACGACGACAUGCCUCUUUGUUUUGCAACGAUGUGAUGCUCUAA